ACGCAGUUUGUGUUCCCUCUUAAACACGCUGUGAUUUUGACAAAUCCAUUUGACAUUUCUUUGAUAUUAUUCACACAUACUCUCUCUACUGACAUUUGCUUUGUUAUUUUCAUUCUUUUGUAAUUGCCAAAAACACAUACACACGACGAAACUGUUAUUGUUUUCAUUUUAAAUUCAACCCGUUUAUCACUGCAUUCCUACGACGAUUUUUUUCAUGAAAUCAAUUACAAUUUCUUCCGAAAUUUAUUCAUCAUCGAAAACAAAACGAAUGUUCAGCAUUUGGUUUGGAAUUGGAAAAUUAUCGAGGAGCAAAUGAAACAUUGUCGACACUGUUAUCGGAUGAUUAAAGCAAUAUUAAGCAUAAAUCAGAGAUAAUCGUGCAAGCAAAUGACUAUAAUAGAACGGUGAUUUGGAUGAAAUUGAGUGAAAAAAGUGGCAUCUCAAAACGUAAUUGGAAGUUGAAAAAAGGUAAAUAAAACAAUGUCAACAAGACGACCGCGAGUUAAAGCGGCAGUAAUAUUUAAACCGCGUCGACCGCAAGCAUCUGCCAAUGAGAAACCCAUUGUCACCGAAUCGAAUGUGGAACAAAAACCAUUGUCGGGAUCAUCGUCACAAUCAUCAUCGGUCGAACCGAACAAUUCAAAUAGAGAUAUUGAAGAGAACGAAUCGAUAGUAUUUGAAACAAAGCCAGAUGUAAAACCCUCAUUAAUAUCGGAAAAAACAAGUGAGAAUGCAUCACCGUCGCAUCAUGUAAAUAAAGCAAAUCAAAGCCAUGCAUUGGACGAUGUCGUUGAUUCAUUGGAAAAUAAACCACCCGAUGCAUCACCGUCAAAGGUCGUGUCAAAACCAUCACCGAAUCUCAAUGCAGCGUCAACACCAUUUCGACGCAUAUCAGCGCCGCCCGUCAACAUUGUAAAUCGUCGCAAAAGUUUGAUUGCCGCAAACGAUAACAAUCGAACGCCAAGCUAUGGUUCAUCACCGAAAUACAUGAAAUCACCAUCAUAUUCAUUUGUACGUGAUCCGAUGUCAGCACCAAAAGAACCAAAAUCAAGUGCAAAUCAAUCACCGUUGCAUCCGCAUAGUGCAAAACCAUCAAAUAAUAUUGACGAUGAAAUUUUCUCGCCGGCACCAGUUGAAAAUGAUGAAUGUUUUAAGUCACCGCCAUUUAUGUCACCGAUUUAUACGAGGCGCAUUGAUCCAAGCAUGAGCCCAUUUCAUGAUAUUUAUGGUGAUGAUUUUACCAAAUCACCAUCAUCACAAAUGCCAAACAAUACAAAAAUACGGCAACGCAUUCGACCGACACCGUGCUUUUUAGCAAGUCGACGCAAUAGCAUUCAGGGCAGCAGCGGUUUGGGCGGUGCAUCCGAAUCAGAAGAUGAACAAAAUCGAAGGCAACGUCAUUACAGUACCAGUUCAAAUCAUAGCAGCUAUAAUCCGUCAACAACACCACAACAUCAACGCAAUUAUUUCGGUUUGAAUAAGGUACCGUCACGUGUUCGCACCGAAUCGUACAGUUCUACCAUAUCGGAUCAUAUACCAUUUUCAAAAAGCAAACGAUCACAUCGUUCCGAAGAGUAUCAACGUGUUGCGAAUGCAAAACGUGAAUUUAAUCAACGUUUGAAUGGUAAACCGCCGGAUAAAAGUCGACUCACAAUGUACGAUCUCAUUUAUUAUAAUCCAUUGACAAAUCCAAUGAGCAAACCAGCCGGUAAAGGUGAUAAAAAUGGUGAUAAUGCUUCGGUGUCAUCGGCCAAAACGAGCCAAAGUAAAAGUAGCGGUUCGGUGAAAUCGGAAUCAUCGACCGGGCUGGGUGUUAAAACGGAAAUGGGAGAAAAUACGGAUGGCGUGACGGGACCGGUGCCACAAUUGAAACUCGAUGCAAACGGUGAAAUUAUUUUGGACGAGAAAAGUUUGGUGAUUGAAACAACCGGCGAUAAAGAGGCACGUGAAAUUCUCGCCAAUUCGGAUGUGGUUUACGAUGAUGAAUUUAGCGGAACAAGCGGUUUUUAUAAGCGACAAAAACGUACACGAGACUGGCUACCAUUGGAGACACUCAAAUUUUAUAAAUCACUUCAAACGAUCGGAACGGAUUUCUCUUGUAUGUUACAACUCUUUCCAAAUCGAUCAAGGCGCGACUUAAAAUUAAAGUUCAAAAAAGAAGAAAAACACAAUAUGGCCUUAAUUAAUAAAGCGCUAAUGCAUCCCAAAGAAUUCAACGUAGAUGAAUUGAAACUUCAGUUUGAUAAGGAAGAUUAUGAAAUCGAACAGAAGAAACAGGAAUGGGCUGAACUUAGGAAGAAAAUGACCACAGAACGAAAAGUGCAAAUAAAUGCAUCUAGGCGACGAAAUCCAAAUAGACAAAUAAGUCGAUCGAUGCGAAAUUUGACCGAUGGUGACGCAAUCUAUGAAAAUGAAUUUGUUGCAUUGCCGCCGAAAUCGAAGAAACCGAAUCGAAAACGUAAAUCGACACCCGAGUUGAUAGAUGAUGCAGUGCUGAAAAAUGUGCCGAACGUUUACGAUCCAUUAACAUUAAAUCACAAUAACAAUCACGUCGAAAAUGUAGAUAGUUUACCUCAUCAUACGUAUGCCACACACAAAUUACCGAGUUUCACUGAAAUGAUAUCAUCACGAAAAACGUCCGAAGUGCAGCCGAAUUCAAGUCAUGAAUCGAAUUCAGACACAACCCCAAUAGUGGUCACCACUGAUAAGGAGGAUCGAGUGUCAAAUUUAGCGGUUGAAUCGAAUGGAACAUAUGCAGCCGAUGAAGAUUCAGUACACGCAAUCGAUUUGUCCAUGAAUUCAAGCUCGUUAGUUAUCCACAGUGAAAAUAAUAGUCAUGAAAACGAUGCAAUCGAUGAACACAUAGCGAAUGGUGAUGAUGAUGUUCCAGUAGUAGUAGAAAAUGCAUCAAUUGAUCAAUAUAUCGCAAAAAAUCCAAAUUUAACGUAUAAAGGAAGCGGUGAUAUCAUGAACAUGGAUAUUAUAUUUGAAAAUGUGUCGAUUGAAGAAGAUGUUACGAUUGGUACGACAUCAGUGACCAAUGUUGCUUCAACAGAUGCACCAAAAGUUACGGAGACCGACGAAACGUCAAAUAAUAUGGUCAAAAUCGAUGGCAUUCAAUAUGAAAUAAUAACGCUUGAAAAUAGCGACAAAGCAACAUGUGAUGAAGCGAAAAAAGACAUUGAUCAAUUGACAUCCGAUAAAAUGGAACACCUGCAAACAAGUGAGAUCGUUGAAGAAGUCGUUGAGGAUAUGGUUGAAGUCAGUACUAUGGGGUUGAUUGGUGAAGAAUCAUAUGAUGAUGGCGGCAAUUAUAUGUACAAUUCAAAUGAAGUGGUCAUAAUGGCGUGUUCAAAUUUGGGCGAUGGUGUUGAAAUUGAUGGUGUCGAAACGAUAGAAGAAAUUACCGAAUCAAGUGAAAUAAUUGUCGAACAUGAACUACCCGGUGACCAAAGUACAGACCAAACGACAGUUAUUGUGGAUGAAUGUGAUAACAAAUCGUCGAUUAUUGUACCGUUGAGCAAUGUUGAUUCAACAAUUUCCACCGAAGAAAACGACACCAAAUCACCGAAUAAUCAUACGAUAAAAGUUUUAAAAGAAGAAACGGAACAGCAGUCGGUGGCCACAGUUAAACCCAUUGAAAAUAAAAGUGCAACUGAACGAAAACGAAGGCCUAAAGUCGUACCAGUGCUAGCGAAUAACAAACGAUCGAAACGACCGAGUCCGAAUAGCACCAAAAUGAUUGAUACUAUUAAAAUCGAAUCCGUGCCAUCAUCUGAAAUACAAAGCGAUUCUAGAAUAAUCGAACAACCGUCCAACCUCGAUCCGCAACAGAUAGAACAAACUGUACACAACGAUAAUGAAGAACAAACGACAUCAAACGACCAACUAGAUAAUCACAUACAAAACACAGAGACCGACACCGAAAACGAUAACGAUGCAGAUAAUCAAGAGCGAAACGUUAUGGAUUCAUUAGUUGUUGUCGAAAGUCAAGAUCCAAACGAUCCAAGUCGAACGAUACAUGAAGUAUAUGUCAUCGAUCCGGAAACAAAUGAAAUAAGCGAUAAACCACUCGAUUUAGAACCACAUGUCAUCGAUUCAAUACGACUAUCACUAUCAAUGGCAUAACCACGCUGCGUACACAGAGAAAGGAGCUCAACAUUCGAUCAAAAACAUCAUUAUCAUCACUGUUAUAUACAUACACACACACACACACAUAAAUAUAUAUAUACAUUUCGUUUUUAGGGAUCAUCAUAUUUUUUAUUGCAUUUUACUCAUUAUACUUGCGAUCUUCAUACCACGCACACAAGCAAAGCAAUUACAGUUUUUAUUGUG